AUGUUCUGUGAAAUAAAAAUAUAUAUAAUAUACAGUUAAUUCAUUUCCAUGAUAAACAUUUUUCUACAUUUAUUUCCCAAAAAUAAACAUAAUACUUAUCAAGCUAUUAAAAACUCGAAAUAGCUUUUUCCAAAAUCAUUAUGUACCAUCCAUCUUUACAACAUAAGAGUACUAGCCAAACUAGAAACAGAAGUUCUUGUUUUAUUGACUUUACUCAAAUGACCAAAAAAUGAUAAAUUCCCACAUCCUGCCUUAUUAUUUCUCUGUCUCCAGCAAACUGAAUGGAGAUCUCUUACACAACAUUCAAACCCAAGUCUUUUUUCACCGUUCUCUACCUGCUGUUCUAUCCUUACCAAGUUCCACAAUGAAGAUCCAGCUCCACAACCAACAGUUUUCCUACUUCUUGUGUCAAGCCAAUAAGAUGCGGCUGUCCGGUGUUCUCUGUGACACAGUCAUUGUGGUGGAAAACCAGACAUUCAAGGCCCACAGUCUUGUGCUGGCUUGUGCCAGCAAGAAGCUGGAGAACCAUCUUACUAGCAAAGAAGAUGGCCAGCAACACCACUGCACUCUCAAUAGACUCUCUUCCCACACCUUCCAGCAGAUUCUUGACUAUGUUUACAUGGAGACCCUUGAGGUCUCUGCUGAAGACCUACGUGAACUUCUAAAUGCAGCCCAGCUCUUAGAAAUGCAUCAGCUUGGGCAACAGUGCCAUGCUCAGCUUGAGACCCUGAACUUGACAGCUGGUGGAAGGCAGCUGUUGGCACCACUGGAAGUGGCUGGGAUAGUGGGAGAGGGACUCACAGAGAUGCUUCCAAGCAGUCCACCACUGGAGGAACAGUCUGUUACUUCUCCAUCUCCUCCCCACCACUACAAAAAACCCAAGACAGACAAUGCCUUACCUGUUACUGUGCCUCCAAGGGUAAGUGUGAUAGCUAGCACUACCACAAGACUGCCCAACCCCUCUUCCUGCCGAUCUCCUAGGCUAGGAUGGCAUCCGGUCACUGCUUCUCCACGCAUGACUCUGACUAGCACUGACUUCAUGGCCAUUCGCUCUCUCCACCCCCCGGAACAUUUAGUGGCAUGUCCCUUCCCUGUGCCAAAUCCCAUGUACCCCCUCUUUUCCUCACCUGCCCUGCCCCAAGGCCACAAUCCCAUUAUGGGCUACGCAGGGAUCUUCCACCCUCUUCAUCCUGCACUCCUGCCUGGAUCCCAUGAGCUGGCAAUGACAGUCAAGAAUAAUUUACCAAGUAAAGGUGAUUCGGUGGAUGGAGCACUGAUGGGUAGCACUGCUGAGGAUGACAAGAGGAAGCUUCCAGAAGCAAUAGACAAGACAUUCCAUUGUCAGCAGCCUGGCGAGAUCCGAGACAGCCACCUUCUCCAGACCCACGCUGUUUCUCACCCGGCACCGGCAGAGUCUUUGCUAUGCCUUCUCUGUGGCAAAAGCUUCAGGAGCCAGGCAUCCCCCAGGGAGCAGCAGUCUCUGCACAGCACGAUCUGGGGCCACAUCUGCACCGACUGCAGACGCUCCUUUCCCAGCCAUGCCGCCUUACGCCGCCACCAAAGGCUGCACACACGCCCAAGCGACAUGACACUGGGCUGCAAGUACUGCGGGCGCUAUUUCCGUGAUGAGGGCUCUUUGCGCUCCCACCGCCGUGUCCACAGUGGGGAGAAGCCCUAUCAGUGCGAACGCUGCCCCAAGAGGUUCAGCCUGAAGCACCAACUAGACACCCACCAUAGGGUGCAUACCGGUGAGAAACCUUUCGAGUGUCGGCUGUGCGGCCAGCGUUCCCGCGACUACUCAGCAAUGAUCAAGCACCUCCGCACACAUGGGGGCGCUGCACCCUACCAGUGCACCAUCUGCCUGGAGUUCUGCAGCAGCCUGGCCGCCAUGCAGAAGCACAUCAAGACUCACCCUGCGAAGGACUUCCCAGCAGAAUGGAGCAUCAACAGCACCUACUUGUAUACCUGCCACAACUGAUGCUCCUGCAUCAUACCUGCCACUCCGGAGGAUAUGAAACUCAUUAUCUUUUAGCAGCAAAACAGAAAUGACAAUUUCCAAGUAAAUGCUUAGCAUAGUACAAGUUUCUCUAAGUAAUUGCUCCAUGCUCAAACACAGACAAAAUCAAUAUAAGGGGUACUUUUCCACUGCACUAGCAACCAUACUUUUGGAACUUACCAAAAGUACAAUAUCUAGUGCAGUGGAAAAGCUCACAAAGACACAACAAUGUUCUGAAGCAUCACGACAAAGAAGACAAACAAUGCACAAACACACCACUAGUUCUCAACAGAUCUAAAGUCUAUAUCCUGUCAGUGAUGGAGGAAUUAAACUGCAUUAAAAGAUCCAAACUGGCAGUACGACAGGUUGGCAUCCAACUACAGCACAUGGUACUGAUUGUCAAAGCCAUGAAUGAAAGGACAAAGAGCAAAUACUGCUGUGGUCUACAGCUGUCAUGAACCAGCUCUAAUAGGCCAGGGGGAAUGCUGGAUUUACUUUUAAAGACCACUUAAGAUUCAGACCAAGAUUAUCGCUUUGUUUCAACUCUUAACCAGUUCUUUAUUUCAUGUUAAUUCAAAUGCCUAACUGUAAUAACUGAAACCAAAAGUAAGCUUUCAGUGUUGUUUUCAAGCUUUUUUAUUUUCAAUUAUGAGAAAAUAUGCCUUUGUUGUUUGGAAAAUAGUAUGCAGAAUUAAUUAUUAAAUUUCAUUUUAUAAGUUAUUUAUGGCUUAUUAAUAAAGAGAAUUUUUGACUAAUAAAAGAAAAUGUAAGGUGCAUUAUUCAUUGGUAUUCGUCAUUCAGUUAUUGUUAUACUUUGAGGCAGUUAAUCUAAACUCUGGACAAGCAUCAGUUUAGCAUGAUUUAAAUAAAAGCCCAGAUGGACAUUGCCAUGCCAUAUGAACAGAGUGGAGACUGACACCCUUGCUGUAUGUGUGGCGAAAAGCUGCCAUGCAAAAUGUAGCAGAAUUAUUAGAUCGCGUUUGAAAAUUUUCCUUUAUCAUUAAUGUAUUAACUGUGAGCAUUUAUAAUAUAUACAUGUAUAACUAUCAUUAUAAUUUCCUGGAACUUGCUGCUUUAAUGUCAGGAACAAAAUGAACUUCUAUAUGUUUUGCAAAAAAGUAAAAACUCUCUUUUUUCAGAAAAAUGUAGGCUUUAAUGCAUGGUGUUUUCUUAAACAUCUUCAGUAUUUUAUAAUUAUAUGUGAAUGUCGUAUAAAACGUAUUUGACAAAAUACAGGCAAUGUUUUCUAAAUACGUAUUAUAGAAUGAACUAAACCUAAUGACAUCACAGUACUCAUAUGCACACAAAUGUACACAUAUACAUAAACAUCUGAAUUGCUUUGUUUUUUAAAUGAACUGGAGUUCCAGAUUAUAAUGGAUUGGUCAGAUUUAAAACACCAGUUCUUCAUAUCAUCAUAUUGUUCCAAGGAUGAGUCUGUGAGUAAGGUGAUCUUAGUCUUAGCCUUAUACUUUGAUUCUGGGCAUUUUCAGAAGGAUAGUAUCCAGAAUGGUGGAUCUUAAAAUUAAAAGCCUACGAAGAGCUCAGGGUUUUUUACAAGUUGUUUUCAAUUAAUUUAAAUUCUCUACCAAAUAUAAAUUUAAAAUUGAUUAUAAACUGCAUUGAUGUGGGUCCUGUAAAAUGGCUAAUCUUUCAAACAAAUUCAACCUUACAUACCCUUAAUAUCCCCAAAUAUGCUGUAGAUACAUAGACUUGCAAUUGCUUGGAAAUUAUAUAGUCUUGGCAAGCAUUUUGCCCUUUUAGUAUGUAUGAAAGAUACUUUACAACAGCACUGCUAAAUAUAACAAAAGCAUAAAUGAAAUUUAAAAACUGAUGGAUACUUUCUGGAUUUGUUAAUAUAUUUGCAUGAAAUUUGAUGUACAAUUUAUAUUAUUAUUGUAAAUUCAUUUUCACUUUUAACCAAAUAAAAAGUUUUUAAAAGCA